AUGAACGAGGACAGUUUGGAAAUACCAGACGGUGGGUACGGGUGGGUGGUGGUGCUCUCUGCCUUCUUCUCCAGAGGACUCACUACAGCCGUCCUCAAGAAUUUUGGCUUGUUUUUCCUGGAGAUCCAGAACUACUACAAUGUCCUCACCAGCACUGUGUCAUGGGUCACAUCCAUCAGCAUCGCUAUGUUUCAUUUGGGAGCUCCACUCGCGGGAGGUCUUGGUGUCUAUGUCACACAACGUGGUGUUAUGAUGAUUGGUGGAGUUCUGGCAGUGUCAGGCAUGAUCUUUGCCUCACUGAAUCUGGGUUUGCCAUGGCUGUAUCUGUCAUUAGGAGUUUUACAAGGUAAAAGUGAGGGGUUUUUUUGUAUUUUCACCAACUACAUAUUUGGAGGUCAUAAGGUAAAUGAAAAACCUAUAGCUUUAACUAUAACUAAACUAAGCUAGAAUCUGCCAGAGACCAAAGAGGUCACGUGUAAACGAUUUGUAAGACCUUUGAUUUGCUCCAACUUGUUGUCAGGAAUGUAUUCAGUUAUUAUUAAUCUUUUGGUGUGUGGAGUUUUGAUGAAACCCCUCAAACCUCAGGCAUCUUCUCAAACCCCGACCCUUAUGGUAGUUUCAACAUCCAAGAACAUCCGCUGCUCAUUGAUCCAGAGGCCUGAGCUGCUGCUGUAUAUUGCCUUUGCCAUCUUGGCUGCUUUUGGUUUCUUUAUCCCACCUCUGUUUCUGGUGCCGUAUGGCAAUCACAAAGGUAUAGAACAAUAUUGGGCUGCGAUCCUCCUCUCCAUUUUGUCUUUGGCUGAUCUGCUAGGCAGGCUGGCCUGCGGGUGGCUGGCUAAUUUGCAGGUAUUGAGGAAUGUAAUUCAGAUAUUAGCAGUUGCGUCUGUCUUGCUGGGAGUGGUAGUGCUGCUCCUGCCACUUCCACAUGCCUACUGGCCAGUUGUGGCUUUUACCACACUUUAUGGCUUCCUGUUUGGAUGUGUAGUGGCUGUCCACAUCACAAGUAUAGUGGACAUUGUAGGGCUGGAGUGCUUUGACAGUGCGCUUGGACUCUUUAUGCUUCUGCGAACCAUUGGGGCGUUCAUCGCACCACCUGCUUCAGGUUGGCUGGUGGACUGGACCGGUGAAUUCAGUACUGCAUUUUAUCCAGCAGGCCUCUGCUUUAUACUCUCAGCUGUUUUUGUAGUGAUGGUCGACAGGCUGGUGGUAAGAAAAAAUAAUGAUUUGGUAAAAGUUGCAGAUGCUGCAGCUGACAGUGAAACCGGUCAAAUUAAAGGAAUAGAUCAUUUAGAACUGUAA